GAUCCAUUUCAUUGAUUUGACAGGUUUCUGUCAAUAAUACCACUUUAAGCUCGUGUGCACCAUUUAAUUGAACUCAAUAUUAAAGUGUCAUUAAGGCUUAGAUAAAAAUUAACAUUUGAUUUGGAAUUUGAAACAUUAAUAUUUGAUCGGAAAAUUUAAGAUGACUCUGUAUCAUUUUGGUAACUGCGUGGCUCUCGUCUAUGUGCCGUAUUAUUUAACAUACAAAUAUUCAGGAUUAUCGGAAUAUGGAGCAUUUUGGAAGUGCGUUCAGGCCAGCGGUAUUUAUGCAUUCACACAACUAUGUAAAAUGUUGAUUUUAGCAACAUUCUUUCCGGACACCAGUACAACAAGCACAGACGAAUUGAAUUUGUUCGGCGAAUUUCUAAGAUGUACCAUUGAUAUGGCCGAUUUAUUGGGUUUGGCCUUUGUGUUAUCGCGUAUACCAGGAAAAGGUCACAGCAAACUCAUUACAGCCGGCUUGGGCUGGGCAACGGCUGAAGUGAUUCUUUCACGUGGAUUAAUGUUGUGGGUUGGCGCUCGUGGUGCUGAAUUCAGCUGGCUUUAUAUUCAAAAGUGUUUGGAAUCAAAUAUCUCUCUCAUUCAACACUUGACGACUUCAACACUAAUUUGGCUAUCCACUCGUCAUGAUCUCAACAUUAAGUACAAGCCAAUCGUAACGCUUCUUUUGAUUGCAACACCAUUCAAAGUUUUAUGGCUCGAUGCAGUUUUAAAGUCAUUAAUUAGCGGCUUAUGGUCAUUGUUGGCAUUCAAAGCACUCGCUACGUGCAGCAUUGGGGUUUUAGCAUUACACAUUUAUGCAGAUUUAGCUCAAACAAUUGGGCUUUAAUCAUUUUGUUUGGCUGCCAAGUAGAUUGUUCUACAUUGAAACAAAUGAAAUGUCUCAUUAAAAUCAAUUUAAAUUAAAUAAUUAUUACAAUCAAUAAGGCUAAGCUUAUUAUGUAAAAUUGCGUAUUAAACCGUCGAAUAUCAUCAAUGCAAUGUAAAUUAAAAACUAUCUAAACUAACUAUCUUGUCAUAAAAUCUGAAUAGGCGAACAAAUUACAUCCACAAAAUAAAAACAUUCAAGCGUUAGAAA